AUUGUCUCAGCGGUUUAUGAGGAGAUGUCAUUUAACGAAAAUGUUUACGGACGGACGGACGCCGGACGAAAAGCGAUCACAAAAGCUCACCCUGUCACUUUGUGACAGGUGAGCUAAAAAGUAAAAAAGGAAAGCAGGUUAGGAGAAUACUUUCAGUAUUUCAACUGUACGACGUGUGAGCUAUUUUUACCUGAUUUGGUUUUCCACUUUUGGUUAAGAAAAAAGUAAUUUCCAAUAUUGAGGAAUCAAGAUUCUCUUUUAAAAAGAGCACAGGUCUUUGUAAAACUUGAACUGAAUUGUUUAAAUCGGAACUGACUUUUACAGUGGAAUUUCUUUUUUUUUUUUCAAGAAAUUAAAAUGACAGAUAAUGCAACAGGGAUUGAUACAAGGCCAAGUCGAGAUAACCCUGUAGAUGCAGACACCAUUACGAUUCAUUGUGAUGAAGAAAUCACUCCCCGGUUAGUAAUAGCAAUCGAUAUUGGGACAUAUGGUUGUCUUUAUGCCUUGCAAUGGAGAUCCGACUAUGAAAAUGCAAACUGCCUCGAAAGCAUCAAGUUUCCAACAACUUGGUCAUCAAGCGGAUUUUUCCCACGAAAGACGCCGUGUUGUAUACUUCUUAAACCUGACAAAAGCAUUGCCGAGUUUGGGUACAAAGCUGCUUUUCAGUUCAGGAAAAACGAGUCGCUUCCUGAGAGAAAGAGACCAAAAGACUGGAAGGACUGGUAUUUCUUUCGUUUUGUUAAGAUGCGACUCUACAAUGGGGAGGAACUUACAGUAGAUACUCCAAUGGAAGCUGCAAAUGAUAAACAUUUACCAGCAGUUGAGGUACUGGCAAAAACAAUAGAGUAUCUGAAGGAUGAAGCAAUAAAUAAACUACGAGAAGACGGUUAUGUAUAUCAAGAAGAAGUAACCAAAUGGGUUAUACCUGUUCCUGCUAUAUGGAAUGACUCGGCUAAACACGUGAUGCAGGAGGCGGCAGAAAAAGCUGGAAUAAAUGGGAAAAACUUGUCAAUAGCUUUUGAGUCUGAAUGUGCUGCUUUAUACUGCACGAAAGUUCCUCUUGAGAAAAUGGAAUUCGCCACUGGCAAUAAUAAAAGGACAAAUAUUGCUGCUCCUGGUCAAACACUGAUGAUUGUACACAUGAGACGUGACACUGUUGAUAUAACAACGGUUAGAAUAAAUGAAGACAAGACAAGUCAACAGGUUUACAAAUCAUCCGGAUGUCCUUGGGGUUGUUCAAAGGUCAAUGAAAAAUUUGAAAUGUUUCUGGUAGAAUUGAUAGGAGCAGAAACAGUCAGAACAUUCGUUGAAAAGCAUGUAUUUGACUACCAAGACUUGCAAAUGGAUUUUGAAAGCAGAAAAAGAGAGAUGAAAUGGUCAGAUGAUCAAAUACCAAUCAAACUCCCAGAUCCACUCCGACAGUUAUGGGAACGUGCAGAAGGCAAAGAUGUCGAUGAAAUUCUUGAAGAAAAGGCAUGUUUAGGAAAAAUUGAAUUUAUGACAGGGCGGUUAUUCUUGGAAGCUAAAAUAAUCCAAAGGUUUGUCCAAAGCACCAUCGAUGGCUUACUGAAAUACAUGAAUGAAGAGGUUUUUGCAGAUAUGUCCAAUCUUUCAGUAAACUCAAUUAUCUUGGUUGGUGGAUUUGCUGAAUCAAGUUAUGUAAUGCAAUAUGUGAAAGAUAAUCUCCGAUCUCGUAAUAUUCCUGUUAUGAGGCCACAUUUACCAGACCUAGCCGUAUUGAUUGGUGCUGUUCUUUUCGGUCAGAAUGAAAAGAUUGUAACGCCAAUGGUUUUGAGGCAUUCUUAUGGAAUUGCAAUGACAAUGGAAUUUGUUCCAAACAAACACAAGGAGGACUAGAAAUAUGAAUUAGAUAAUAUGAUAAUGGCAAACAAUGUAUUCAGCAUGUUAUUAUCGGGAAACCCGUUCCAAUAAAUGAAUGGAUUUCUUCAAAGGAAUAUUAUCCACAAAAUAAUAGGGACAGAAAAACUUUUUUUUUUCAUUUUCAUAUCUGAUUCCGUAGAUCCUGUUCAUACAACAGAAAAGGGUUGUAAAUAUAUAGGCAAGGUUGGUGUAGAUUUCGGAUAUAACAGUGAUUCUACUAUGAGGAAGACAGUGAAAGUGGAGUUCAAAUUUGGGGCGAAAGAGCUCAAAGUUUGAGCCGUUACUUGACUUGACUUAUUAUAAUGUUAUUAUUAUUUUAGUUAACAUAGAACAUUGAACAUAGAGACGGUCUUUUUAACUGAAGAGCUUUAAAAUUGAAAAGAGUUAGCAUAUUAUUGUUGUACGUGAAUGUUUGUGGUAUCUUUGGUACCUUCUAUUCGACCUUCUCUUAGUUCGUGUAUUUCUACUUGUAUACUAUUAUUCAACCUGAAGACAUGGUGAAUUUUUUCCUAAAUUUGUCUUUUGACGUCUAGUCUGUGAUAUGCAAGCUUAAUAAGCUUUGAUUCCCAAUCAAAAUUCAAGUUGAUUUAAUUCGCCCAUUAAUUGCUCGUUUAGGGAUAUUCGUUAACUUAGGGACCAUACGCCACUUGCCAUGGAAUGUCACGUCCGUGUCACAUUGAAGGUUCUAUGAUAACCGCCGUAUGAACACAUCUGCGGAUGUUUCUAAAUUCAAAGUUUCACCAUUUUCAUGUUUAAAUGUUGAAUUCUGCUUUAGUCGAUGGCAGGGAUACAUUGCACUUUCCAGCGGCUCAACCAAACAAAGCCUGCUGUAGUCUUCAAUUGUGUCAGUUCUUUUCUCUCUAUUGUUAUAUAACAAAAGUUUGCAUACUUCUUCCAUCUGUCAAACUGACAUAAUUAUAUAAUACAUACAAUUUAUAAACAGCCAUUGAAAAUAAUUUAUAUGAUUAAUUGAAUGUUGUGUUGCAUUUUAUUGUUUCUAUUCAAAAUGAACGUUAUAAGUCGAUUCUAAUAAUAUAAGAAGUGUAUAUGCGAACCUAAAUGUAUAGAUUCUUACACUGCCAUACUUUGUCGAAAUUGGACUAGAUCUAUCAAACACAAUGUAUUUGUUAACUUUAGAGCUAAUUUCAAUAAUAUUAUUAAUUGCUUUGUAAUGGAAAGAGCAUCGAGACACCCCUCACAGUAUAAAUCAAAUUGCCGAGUGUUUGUGAUGCAGAUACUUAAAAAAUACAUUCACUUCCAGUUAAUGCACUGUGCAUGUGUGUAAAUUACCAAAGGUGACAGUGUGAAACUGAGACAGAUAUCUAUUCGGUAUAUAUAUCUAACGAUGAGCAUGAAGUAGGUGUUUCAUGUUUACUGUAUUAUAAAUCAUAAUUUAAUUUUGAUCAAUAUGUGAUUUUUUUCUUCGUUUUUUAUGUGUUGUUCUCGACGGUUCUUGUCAUCAGCACAUACCAUUAGAAAAAAAAAUCAUUGAAACUGUGUUCAGCAGACCGAAGAAAAACAAACUGAUUAGAAUUCCUGUAUAUGACAUUUUAUAAUACUGCACGUUUGUAACACCGCUUUUCAUUGGAUCAUCGUGACGUUUAUAUUAUUAAUUAUAAAGAUUGUUGACAGGUUAUAUGGCCCUAUAUAAACGGCUAAUUGAAAAAAUAACCAGAGCCGCUAGGCGAGGGUUAUAUUGCAAACAGCCGUUUAUAUAGGGCCAUAUAACCGGAUAUAACGAAUUUAUAAUACAGCAAGCAUAAUUCUUUAGGGAAACAGUAAGAUCUCUUCAUGAAU